CAGAAAAAGACCAGCCAGUGGCGCAGAUGGUCAGAAGAUGUUAUUACAUCUCUUCUAGUGCCCUAUCUAUCGCACAUGCAGGAGACCUCAAUGCUAUGCUACAUCAACAUUGUACAACAGCCCUACGGAGAUGCUGUAGCUUGUCAUUCUGGGUGUGGGACCUGCAGUAUCAAGGUUGCAUAUGUGUUCUUUGACAGCUUGUCAGAAAUUAAUAUCAUUGCAUGCCCCUGUCUUCCUGCCCCUCUCCAGCUCCUUCAUCGUGGGCUGUUCCCAUGUGCUCCUGUUGCUCCCUCACUCGCAGUAGACUUGCGUGUUCUAGAGUUUGUCCACCUUCUUUUCAUUUGUCAGUCCCCCAACCAUACUGCGUGGUGUGAUGCAGUGGAGACGUUUCUAGAUGGAAUGGGAUACAAAUUGACAUCAAAGGUUAGCAUUUGA